AUGAGCCAACCCGGUGGAUGCGGGCAAGCCAGCCAAGAAGCAAAAGAUAUCAUGAAGUCCCUUCGAAAAGAUCCAACCGGAAUGGGAUUCACCCACCUCGCCACCGACGGCGUGCUGCGCGCCCUCGACGGGGACCGGAAUGUUGUUGACUAUAGGAGAUUGAGCCCCGAGGAAAUAAAGCUCGCUUUUGAGAUAUACCCUCCCGCGUUUCGCGCACAGCUCGAGGACAAGUUUAUUGGGGUUGAUGGGCGCAAUGUUACGGAUGCGCAGUGCCUUCACCCGGAUGCGAGCCUUCUGCCGCCGGAGACGGACUCGGAGGGCCAGAACGUGUCGCGUGCCGAUGAUGCUUAG